AGCCUCUGAGAGCGAAGGUUGCUGGAGCUUUCUUCCACAGCGACUUCUGUGUUCUUGGUCAUUUUUUGAGGAGAAAAUCAGGGAAAAAGAUUGUGAAAAGUUAGAAAACAGUUUUCUCCUUCACUCGUUUUUUCUCUUUUCAUUUUCGUUUUUCUCUUUUUGUCCCCAUCUAUAUUUCUAGGGUUCCUAUUUGCUCAGUUAAACCAAACAUUGCUCCUGCUCGGUGAUAAAAAGUCAGUGGCUAGGGUUUCUAAAAAAUCUUAAAUUUCAAAGCCAAAAUUCAUGGAGGCCGAUUCGUGGAGUGGUCGUGUUUCUACUUCCUCUAGGCGCUAUCAAUCAGCUCUUCCAUCCCGUUCGGAUCUUUACUUCGGGUUUGAAGAAAUCGACGGCGAUGAUGACACGCGAGCGGAAUUUCCUUGCCCCUUUUGUUCAGAGGAUUUCGAUAUCGUUGGAUUAUGCUGCCAUAUCGAUGAUGAGCAUCCUGUCGAAGCUAAAAAUGGGGUAUGCCCAGUAUGUGCAAUGAGGGUGGGGAUGGACAUGGUUGGACACAUAACCAUGCAACAUGGAAACUUCUUCAAGAUGCAACGUAGAAGGAAAUUCCGGAAAGGUGGAUCCCAUUCAACCCUUUCUUUAUUGAGAAAGGAACUGCGUGAAGGAAAUUUACAAUCCCUUCUUGGGGGGUCUUCCUAUGUAGUUUCUUCCUCCAAUACUGCACCUGAUCCAUUAUUAUCCUCAUUUAUCUACAAUUUGCCCACGAUUGAUGAGCCAAGGACUGUACCAUCUAAUUCUUCUGCUGAAGCAAGCUCGGUCAAAAAAAGUUUAGACGAGUCGGUAUUAGAAAGAAGCGUCCAACCAUCAUCUCCUGUAUCCAUUAAAGACCAAGAGGAGAAGGCUCGGAGAUGCGAGUUUGUACAGGGGCUGCUGUUGUCCACAAUUCUUGUUGACAAAUUGUGAAGAGAGAGCAUUGAAUAUAAUGUCCUUUUACAGAUGGAAGUAUGUAGCUAGUCCAAAAUAGUCUAAUGUGAUCCCCUGUUUCAUCUUAUUGUGCAUAAUGGAAAGAUGAUGAAUUUUAUGCUUAUUGUCA